AUGGCUUUAAAAAAAAUAAAAAAAGAAUAAACAGAAGGAUUUCCUGUUACAGCUUUAAGAGAAAUUAAAAUAUUAAACCAAUUAAAUCAUAAAAAUAUUAUAAGAUUAUAUGAAAUAAUAACUAAAUAAAAUAAAAUUUAUGGAGAUUAAACAUAUCUUGUUUUUGAAUAUUGUGAGCAUGAUUUAGAAGGUUUAUUAUCGAAUAAUAUUUAGUUUUCAAUAGAGUAAACUAAAAAUGUAAUGUUUUAAUUACUUUAAGGAAUGACUGAAAUUCACUAAAAGAAUAUUAUUCAUAGAGAUAUUAAAACUGAUAAUAUUUUGUUUAAUAAUUAAGGAGAAUUUAAAAUCGCUGAUUUUGGUUUGUCUAAAAUAAAUUUAAAUAAUAAACCUUUCACUCAAAAAAUAUAAUGUAUUUCUUAUAGAUCGCCUGAAAUAAUAUUCUGUAAAAAUAAAUAAAUUUUCUAUUUAAUAAAAAUAUAUAAAGAAGCUAAAAAAUAUAGUAAUAAAGUUGAUAUAUGGUCAUUAGGAAUAAUAUUUUUUUAACUUAUAUUUAGAAACUAAUCUAAAAAAAAGUCACUUUUUAUGGGAUUAGAUGGUAGUUUUUAAUAAGCAAAGUAAUAUUUUUAUCUUUUAGGUAAUCCAGAAAUUGUAUGGUCAGAGCAAAGUAAAAAAAACUUAAUGAUGUGCAAAUAUGAGGAAAUAAUGAAACAAAUAAAACCUGAAGAAAAGUCUUAGUUUAAGGAUUGUCUAUUUGAAUAUUUAAAGGACAUAAAAUAAAAGUAUAUAUUUUUUUCUAUUUAAUUAAAAAAAUAUUUUUAAUUAUAAGUACUGAUCUUAAUGCAUUGA